UUUACUUUGUAGUUGUCGAUAUUAGGGGUGGGCGGAGCUCCGCAUCCGGGAACUGACGGUGACCUCUGACGUCACCCAGCAGGAACGCAAACAUGGCGGAGCCUUCCCUCGGGAAUUCGAGCCCAGGAGGCUCAGCAGGUUCCGAUGACCAUGAUUUCGAUCCAUCAGCUGAUAUGCUUGUUCAUGACUUUGAUGAUGAGCGUACCCUAGAGGAGGAGGAAAUGCUGGAGGCAACAGAUGAGACCAAUUCCAACGAGAUUGAAGAUCUAGCCCGGGAGGGGGAGAUGCCCAUACAUGAGCUACUGAGUCUUUAUGGUUAUGGGAGCAGAUCACCUGCAGAGGAAGAGGAGGAGGAAGAGGAAGAUGAAGAACCAGAGGAAGAGGAUGAUGAGGAAGAGGAUGAUCAAGAGGACCUUGAUCAUGAUGAAAGUAGCAGAAGCACUGGCGAGCUGAAAAAGAAUGAGGGUGAAGACUUUAAGACUUCGUCAGAACAAGGCAGCGAUUCUCAGACCACUUCUGAUGGCCGCACACGCUCAGUCCGAUCACUUGGCACAGCAGAACUUAUUCGCCCUCAUAAACUAAAGUACUUUGAAAGUAAUCAUGAUGUAGAAGAGGAGUCAGAGGAAGAUGAGGACUAUGUUCCCUCUGAAGACUGGAAGAAGGAGAUUAUGGUGGGUUCUAUGUAUCAGGCAGAGACUCCUGUUGGCUUGUGUAAAUAUAAAGAAAACGAGAAAGUAUAUGAGAACGACGACCAGUUGUUGUGGAACCCUGAUUGUGUUCCCGAGGGAAAAGUUGUUGAGUUCUUGACGGAGGCAUCGAGGCGAACCGGAGAGGAGAAAGGAGUGGAUGCAAUCCCAGAGGGAUCUCAUGUCAAAGACAAUGAACAGGCUUUGUAUGAACUGGUGAAAUGUGACUUUGACACAGAGGAAGCUCUAAGAAGACUGAGGUUUAAUGUGAAAGCAGCGCGAGAGGAGAUAUCUGUUUGGACUGAAGAGGAAUGUAGAAACUUUGAACAAGGACUACGAGCUUAUGGGAAAGACUUUCAUUUAAUACAGGCCAACAAGGUGAGAACUAGGUCUGUAGGAGAAUGUGUGGCCUUUUAUUACAUGUGGAAGAAGUCUGAGCGUUAUGAUUUCUUUGCACAGCAAACCAGACUUGGAAAAAGGAAAUACAACCUUCACCCUGGUGUCACGGACUACAUGGACAGAUUACUGGAUGAGACCGAGAGCGUGACAUCCAGUAGGGCAGCGUCGCCUCCUCCCACCACCUCCAGCAGCAGCGCCAGCCACUCUGAGAGGGAAGACAGCAGCAGUCAGAAUGGUGUUGCAAGUCAUCCAGUGGAUCCGUCUCAGUUGUCCGAUGCUAGUCAAGUCAAGCCUGAGGGCGCUCAGUUCAAUGGUCCCUCUCACCCAGAAGUGGAACCUCCUCCUCCAGUUCCAGACAACAACUCUAACGGCUGCAGCCAAGUCAGCUCACCGAUCCACGACAGAAAUGGCUCUCUAGAGCUUCUGCUAGACCACAAAACCACACCAGCCGUGGCACAAGACAGACCAGCGAAAAGGUGCAGGACUGAAGCAGAGCCUUUGGACCAAAGUGAGGUGGAUCCAUCCAGAACACGGGAAGACUAACGGCACCAGGCCUGGGAUUGUUCACUAAAACACACCGUUUUGGGGUGUUGGGGUGGUUUGUUUUUUUCAGCUUCUCCAUAAAUGGCUUGUUUAGUGGAGCAAAGGAUGAGGAAGAUGAAGCUCUGUUGAGCAGUGAGCACAGAAUCUCAUAAAAGACUCACUUUAAGAAGUCCAAAGGUUGAAAAUCCUAGCAAACCAAAACCCCACACCCCAAGCGACUCUCUGCUCCACCACAAAGUAAGAUCAUAUCCUAAAAGACACAUUCUACCCAUCUUCUCCAUUCUGGGUUUGGAGACUUGUCUAAAUUUUUGCCAAGAAUUUUCUUUUUCUAUUUGUACUUAAAUAAAAUAAAUCAUCUGUGAUAUUUUUCUACACAAGAUAUUUAUAUUUUCUAACCAAAAAAAGAUCUAAUGAUGGGUUCUUGCUGUUCAAGCCAUUCGUUUGUUUGGAAAUGAAUAAAUAGAAGAGGAGGAGAAGCUGGGGUUGUCUCCAACUCACUGUAGUUGCACUUUGAUUGUAUGUUUCUCCUGUUUGAGAGGCGAACCCCAACAGAAAUCCAUGUUCACUCUGCCACAGCUGUUUGUUUGGGUCUGGUAAAUAAACCUCAUGGGUCCAUCCCCCUACAGGUUUGUUUGUGAAAAGCAGCUGACAUCAGUGAUGUCCUGUAUUAUGUAGAUCUCUGGAUUUUAAAUUUUCAUAAUCAAAGCUUCGCUCAACACUUUGUUUUUACUAGACACAAUGUUUGUGACCUCUCAUGUAAAGUUUGUAUAGAUUUCUUACCUUAUGCCGUUGGUGCAUUUUUCCCUCUCCAAGUGUUUUUGUUGCUUUUUUCUGGUCUUUGUUGUCCACUGUGCUUUUUAUUUUGCCGACAGUGUUUGCUAAUUAUUUUCUGAUGGAUGUAGUAAAGAAAAUAGCCAUUCCUCUUUCCCCUACUUGGUAUGAACGUUUCUGGUUCUCACCUUUUUGUUUAAAAUAAAACCCCUCCUGAGUAGAGACACACCAACCAGAAUUUUGUGGACAACUUUCUAAUCCCAGAUUUUUGUAAAUUUUAACCUGCCGAUCAAAAAUUGAGCAGAUUGCAUUUUUUUUUAGAGCUUUAAUAUAAAAAUAAAUAACUUCCUGCUGAAAGUGCCAGGUAGCUCUGA